CAAGUGAUAAGAAAUUUGACAAACAACAUUAACCAAUGGCAAAGCACAUCACAAAAUCGUUUUAUUUCUUUGUGAUCCUAGCUUCAAUUGCAGCAAUGGUAUUAAUGGUAGAAGGAAACGUAUGCUCAAAAAUAUACCAAAGAUGUGAUGACAUAAAUUGCGAUGAACAUUGCAAAUCAGUGUAUGGUAAGAGUAAUAUAGGAUAUAUAUGUGAUACAUACAAUUCAUGCACUUGUUUCUUCGAGCAAGACGCUUCUUCAAAGGAUACUUGUUAUGUUGGGAUGGGAUUUUGCUUUGGUAGUUGCGAUUUAGCUUGUUGCCAAGCCAAGUGUGCUCAAACAUUGAAGAAUGGUUUUGGGGAUUGUUUUCCAAAUUUUGGUACUAAGGAUAGAUGUAUUUGUGCCUAUAACAGCUAAAUUUAUUAUUAUUUAUUUUACACAAUUCAA